ACCUAGCACCGAAGGUCGCAACUGUUGUCAAUCACUGGCGUAUGCCAAUCGAACCGCUGCGUGCACCUGUGCCGGCGCAGCCGCAUUUCGCCACCACACCGCCCCCGGAGCCGGUGUCGCGCGCGCGCGCGCGUGCGGUCGACGCCCCAGCCGCCAUGCUCGAGCCGUGGUCAUCGUCCGUUCUCUGGAUCGUCAUCGCCGCUUUCGUCAUCGCCUUCGUGCUGGCGUUCGGCGUGGGCGCCAACGAUGUGGCCAACAGCUUCGGCACGAGUGUGGGCUCGCGCGUGCUCACGCUGCGCCAGGCGUGCCUGCUCGCCACCGUGUUCGAGGUGGCCGGCGCCGUCCUUAUUGGCUACAACGUCUCCGAGACCGUGCGCAAAGGCAUAAUCGACGUGGAUCUGUUCGCCGACCACGAGCGUGAGCUGAUGCUGGGCUCGCUGGCGGCGCUGGCCGGCUCGGCACUCUGGAACCUGGUGGCCACAGCGCUAGCGCUGCCCAUCUCAGGCACGCACACGGUGGUCGGCGCCACCAUCGGCUUCUCGCUGGUGGCGCGCGGCGUCGACGGCAUCCGCUGGCUCACGCUAGCCAAGAUCAUCGGCUCGUGGUUCGUGUCGCCGCUGCUGUCGGGCGUGGUGUCCGUGCUGCUGUUCCUUCUGGUGCGCGCUGCGGUGCUGCGCGCCACCGAGCCGGUGCGCAGCGGCCUCCGCCUGCUGCCCGUUCUCUUCGGCGUCACCGUGCUGGUUAACGUGUUCAGCGUCGUGCACGACGGACCGCGGCUGCUGCGACUGGACCAGCUGCCGCUGUGGGCGGCCGUGGUGACAGCGCUCGCCGCCGGCCUGCUGGUGGCUGCGCUGGUCCAGUUCCUCCUCGUGCCGCGGAUCCGCCAGCAGGAGAGCGGCGGCGCGACCGUGGAGCUCGCCGCCAAGCCGUCACCGGCCGCCGGCCACACCAACGCCGCCUUCGCCGAAGACGGAGGCGGCACGCCGGCCGACAGAGUCACGCUACCGGACUACGGCGCCGCCGCCGCCAGCGACCAACCGGACAAGCAAGACAAGCCGGACAAGCCGGAGCUGCAGGAGGACGUGCCGGGCGAAGCCCGGCUGUUCGCGCCGCUGCAGAUCAUGACGGCCAGCUUCGGCAGCUUCGCGCACGGCGGCAACGACGUCAGCAACGCCGUGGGGCCGCUGAUCGCCGUGUGGCUCAUCUACACUGAGGGCUCGGCGGCGCAGACCUCCGAGACGCCCGUCUACGUGCUGCUGUACGGCGGCCUGGGCAUCGUGGUCGGCCUCUGGGUGUGGGGCCGCCGGGUUAUGCGCACGAUCGGCGAGGACCUGACCCGCCUGACGCCGGCCAGCGGCUUCGCCAUCGAGCUGGGCGCCGCCACCACCGUGCUGCUCGCCUCUAAGGUCGGCCUGCCCAUCUCCACCACGCACUGCAAAGUUGGCAGCGUGGUGCUAGUCGGCUGGGCGGGCGCCGGCGCCGGCGGCGUCAGCUGGCGCCUGUUCGGCGGCAUCGCCGCCGCCUGGCUGGUGACGGUGCCGUUCUCGGCGGCCGCCAGCGCCGGCAUCAUGGCACUGCUGCGCGCCGUCGCCCUCUAGUGACUGGCCAGCUCGGCAGACCGGCAUGGAGGUCGACGCCUCUGCCUUCUCAGGGAAGCGGAAGCGACCGGCAGAAGCCGCCUACAAACGCGUCCCGCCGGCGCAGAGAGCGCGACGGAGCGAUUUCGCCCGCUCCGAGACCGGGGUGCGGGAGGCGGUGGGCUGCCGUCAAAGCGUCCCGCCCACUCAGAGCACGGCGCUCCGCCGACGUCCCACGCGGCACGGCCGCGCCUCUUGUGCACACGCUCAUGUUACAGCGUGCCCCGACGGUCGCCAUUUCAGUUUUUUCAGUGGCGUGCGUGAUCACCUUAUUUAAGACGUAGCCAUAGACUUCACGCAGUAGCAUAACCGCAGUGACGCGUUCACUUGGUUCCCCCAAACAUAUGAGACGAAGCUUAUUUGAUUGGAGUUGAUAAUUUGUUUUGAGUAAGUUGCAACCGGUAUCCACAAUACUAUCGCAAUUUCACACUUUCCUGCCCCUGUUAGGUUCUUUAGAAUAAAUCACGCUUGCAGGUCAUGAAAAGAACAUCAUUCUCGUAAAAUAAAUGACUUUGAAUGUUGGUAUAACACCGAUGUGCGUUAUCCUAUGACCAAUGCGCCAGAAGCUCCGAGAAAAUGCGAAGACACAAGCCAUCAAUCACAUCUCAACAAGCGUCUGUUGCACAUGCCAUCUUAGGACCCGUUUAGAUAUAGCACCAGCUGCCGACUAAACUGUGAUAAUAUUGCAUAGAAUUGAUUCUGUAGCGUUUCCUCGCAAGCGAAAAUGGUAAUAUCCUAUUACACCCUACACGGUCAAGGUUUCAUUCGUUUACCCAAUUACAAUUGCUGAAUGUGAGAUUGUCCUUGCUC